AUGGGAUCACAGACGUGGCUUAUCACGGGUGCUUCCUCGGGCCUUGGUUUGGAACUAGCUCUCGCUGCCGCUGAAAACGGAGAUACCGUUAUUGCCUCGUCGCGCACGCCAGAAAAGAUUGGUCAUCUUGCUGAACGAGGCAUUCUAGCUGCUCGUCUGGACCAGAGUGAGCCUCUAGCACAAAUCAAGGCCGACGUUCAAACCAUCCUCGAUACACAUGGCCGCGUCGACUUUGUUGUUAACUGCGCUGCAUAUGUCCAAACUGGAAUUCUAGAGGACCUCACGCCUGUAGAAACGGAAGAGCAGUUCAACACAAACGUUUUCGGGGCUUUAAACGUCUAUCGCGCUGUACUUCCAUCUCUUAGGAAACAGCGAUCCGGCACGCUUAUUACUAUUGGAUCCAUGGCUGCGUGGUUCGCAGAUGCUGGCGCCAGCGUGUAUAACGCAUCGAAGGCUGCUCUCCGCAUUCUGUCUCUCGGCCUUGCAAAAGAAAUUGAGCCGCUCGGGAUUCGUCACUUACUUGUCGAGCCUGCGCGAUUUCGUACAGAGCUUCUCGCACCGGACGGUAAUUAUAGGACAUCCAAUGGCAGAGAUGGUAUAGCGGAUUACGGAGAAAUUAGCCAACGGGUCUUCGCUGCUGUUGCUAGUGAGAGCGGUAAUCAGCCAGGAGAUCCCGGAAAGGCAGCAAAGGUGCUAUACAAGAUCAUCAAAGGUUCUUGUGGCCUGAACGGAAAGCCGCUUCCCGAUUUCCUGCCGUUAGGAAGCGACGCAGUCGACGAAAUAUCGAAAGCCGCACACAAUGCCCUCAACAUCUGCCAAGAAUGGGAACAGAUUGCUCGAUCAACCGACUUUGCGCAAUGA